AUGUCAGUUUACCUUUCGCCGUGCUGGGUCGAGAUCCCAAGAAAAAUCACCAUCUCACAGCUCAUGCAACGAAACAUCGAGAACACACCGCCUGAGAAGAUCAUCUUUGAGGAAGCUCUCUCCGGGAAAACGGUCACGUAUGGAUCUUUUCACAACCAGACACGCACAACCGCUCAACUGCUCCGCGAUAAGGUCGGACUCCGACCAGGGCAGAUCGUGUCCAUUCUCUCGUCAAGCCGGAUUGAUUGCAUUUUAACAGCUCAUGCGGUCUGGUGGGCAGGAGGAAUUGUCAGUCUGAUCAACAACGCGUUGAGUGUCGACGAAAUUCGCCACGCCGUCGAUAUGGUCGAGCCAACUUUCGUCGUCAUCGAUGAAACCCUCUUUCAAAAGUUACCAGAAGUUUUGAGAAUUUCCACACAACACCAGAAACGGCCAUUGCAAGUUUACACCAUUGGACCAGGAAGCAUGGAGUGGCCCGAGCUACCAAUGGGUUCCAGAUCCGUGAGCAUCAUUGGCGAGCCUUCCCAUCAGGAGGGUCCUUGGAGCCUUGACGGAAAGAGAAGUGACGAAGUUUGUGCCGCAGUUCUCCUUUCAAGUGGCACCACGGGCUCUCCGAAGGCUGUAAUGCUCUCUCAUUACAAUAUUGUCGCCAUUUGUAAUCAACUACGCUCGGACAAUCCAGACAACUGGAGAGGUGGUCAGAGGGAGAUCUUUUUCCCUCCACUGUCCCAUGUUUACGCACUGUACUCGGUAUUUACGACGUGCGUCUGGGUUGGAGCCUUCGUCUGCCUCAUGCCACGCUUCGACUUGCGCCGAUACUGUCAGCUAAUGCAAGACCGUAAGGCCACAUUGGCAAGACUGGUUCCUCCUGUCGCAAAGAUGUUGGCAGAGAACGCGGUAGUGAAGCAAUACCAAUACCCAUUUUUGGAGUACUUCAGCUGCUCCGCCGCGCCAUUGCAUCCCGACCUCGCCACAAAGCUGAAGCAGGCGUUCCCGGGGGUGGCUCUGUGUCAAACAUACGGGUGUACAGAGCUAUCUGGGCCCAACGUUCAGAGCGGCGUACGAGAUGUAAAGCUCCCACCGACUGCUGCUGGAACACCGAUCGCGAAUACGGAGAUACGAUUUCUGGAUGAGGAUGGUAAGGACGUCGGCGCCAGAGGUCCAGGAGAGAUUACAUGUCGCGGGCCAAAUGUCAUGAUGGGAUACAAGCAGGCUGGAGGUCAUAUUGUGAAAGACUUUUUCGAAGACGGAUGGUAUAGGACCGGUGAUCUGGGAUACAUCGACGAUGAUGGUUUCCUGUUUGUCUAUGAUCGAAUCAAGGAUGUUAUUAAGUACAAAGGGUUUCAAGUAUCUCCCUCGGAGCUAGAGAGAAUUCUCCUGCAGUACCCUCUUGUCGACGAGGCAGUGGUUAUUGGUAUCUGGCAUGAUGAUGAGGCUACAGAAGUGCCUCGGGCUUUUGUCACAUUGAAAAAGAAGCUUGACUCGGACCCCGGAGAAGAAGAUAAGCUUACAAGGUCCGUCGCCGAAUUCGUGGACUCUAAGGUGAGUUCAUACAAGAGGUUACGUGGGGGCGUCGUCGUUCUUCACGAACUGCCAAAGAACACUACUGGCAAAGUGCUGAGACGAGAGCUCAAGGCACGGAGUAGGUCGGGCCUGAGGAUUGGAACGCCGAGACUCUAG